AUGCUGGACAGCGGGCGACAGCAAGCACGCCCGCGGAUGAUGGAGAAGGGCGACAGGGGUCCUGGGGAGAUUAGAGACAAUCAUAGAAGGAGAUUCUCCACUAACCACCGUUCUCCAUCCGCUCCAUUGCAGCUUUUGUCUCUGUUCAUCCUGGGUGUGGGCGCUGCCGCCGCCAUCGAGCUCCCACUGAGCCCCAUCUACCACUCUCCGGGUCUUGUCAAGCCCCUGCUGAAGGCUGUCGAGGUUGAGGCGCCCGCCCACUAUGACUUUGCCUACUCGGUGCACGACGAGCACACCGGCGACAUUAAGAGCCAGACGGAGUCCCGCAAGGGAGAUCAAGUGCAGGGCCAGUACACACUUAUCGAUGCCGAUGGAUACCUGCGUACCGUGGACUACACCUCGGAUGCCCACAAUGGUUUCAAUGCCGUCGUCCGCCGAGAUCCUCUAGGCCACAAGGUGAUCAAGGCUGCUCCCAUUGCCAAGGUCCUGUCUCCUCUACCCCUGGCCUAUGGGGCCCCAAAGCUGCUCGCCGCCCCCAAACUGCCCCUCGGCUUGUACCAAUAAGUCGAAG